AUGAAUGGUGUAGCCCAGAGUGGAUAUUACCACUACCUAGCAUACACGCAUACGUAUACAAGUAUCGUGCAAACUUGCAACUGCGCUUUGAUGGAACAUUUCCCUAACGCGAUCCAGGCUGUCCCAUGCCCUGUGCAGCGGCGCCGUUAUUAUAGGGAGCCUGAUGCAUCAACCAGCCAGCCACCACUGCCACCAGCCUUACCCCCAACACCAGCCACCACCAUUACCCCAACACCAGCCACCACUGCCACCAGCCUUACCCCCAACACCAGCCACCACCAUUAUCCCCAACACCAGCCACCACCAUUACCCCCAACACCAGCCACCACUGCCACCAGCCCUACCCCCAACACCAGCCACCACCAUUACCCCCAACACCAGCCACCACUGCCACCAGCCCUACCCCCAACACCAGCCACCACCAUUACCCCCAACACCAGCCACCACUGCCACCAGCCUUACCCCCAUUACCAGCCACCACCAUUAUCCCCAACACCAGCCACCACCAUUACCCCCAACACCAGCCACCACUGCCACCAGCCUUACCCCCAACACCAGCCACCACCAUUACCCCCAACACCAGCCACCACCAUUACCCCCAACACCAGCCACCACUGCCACCAGCCCUACCCCCAACACCAGCCACCACUGCCACCAGCCUUACCCCCAACACCAGCCACCACCAUUACCCCCAACACCAGCCACCACCAUUACCCCCAACACCAGCCACCACUGCCACCAGCCUUACCCCCAACACCAGCCACCACUGCCACCAGCCUUACCCCCAACACCAGCCACCACCAUUACCCCCAACACCAGCCACCACUGCCACCAGCCCUACCCCCAUCACCAGCCACCACUGCCACCAGCCUUACCCCCAACACCAGCCACCACUGCCACCAGCCCUACCCCCAACACUUGUCACCAGAUUACCCAACACACCAGCCACCGCUGCCACCAGCAUGA